CCCCCCCCCACACACACACACAACAGCAGCAGCAGCAAACCUCCCGCUUCACCUCGGCCUAUAAACCAGAGCAGCCGUUAUGACCUCGGGGUUCGGCUUCGGUACCCAAGCCGUGGGCCCCACCGGCGGCUUCACCCUCGGAGCUCCCAGCAACCCGGCUGGUACUGGAGGAUUUAGCUUUGGAAAUCCUGGUGCCACAGUUCCAACCACAGCAGCAUCAACUUUUGGAGGCCUAGGAAGUGGACUGUUUGGGCAGAAACAAACGACUGGAUUUUCAUUUGGAGCUGCGGGUGCAGUUACAGGAACUACAACAGCAGUCCCUACAGGAUUAACAUUGGGAACUCCUACAACUGCAGCUGCAACUGGUUUUAGUUUAGGAUUCAACAAACCAGCUGGCUCUGCAACACCUUUUGCUGUGCCUGUUGCAUCCAGUGGGGGUCUAUGCCUUCCUUCUGCAACAACUGCUAUAACAGGUCCUACAGGAUUUACGUUAAAUUUAGGCGGUGGGUCUACGUCCACCACAUCCGCACCAACAGGCCUAACUCUGGGAGGAGUUCUGGGUGGUUUGACUGGCUCUCUCUUUCAGGGUACAAGUGCAACCACAACAGCUCUAGGGCAGUCACUUGGCUUGAAUCUUGGGAUGCCUAUUAUUGCCCCAACUUCUACAGCAAGUGAAGGACUCGGUGGAAUAGAUUUCAGUGGGUCUUCAGACAAGAAGAAUGAUAGAUGUUCAGUUGGAGUCAGGCCUGAUGAUAGCAAAGCACUUAAGGAUGAAAAUCUGCCACCUGUUAUAUGCCAAGACGUGGAUAACUUUCAGAAGUUUGUAAAAGAACAAAAGCAGGUGCAGGAAGAGAUCAGCCGAAUGUCCUUUAAAGCCAUGUUGAAAGUACAAGAAGAUAUUAAAGCACUGAAACAAUUGUUAACGGUGGUUGCAAGUGGACUGCAGAGAGAUUCACUUGCCAUCGAUAAACUCAAAAUAGAAUCUGCACAGGAGCUGAAAAAUGCUGAAAUAGCACUCAGAACACAAAAAACUCCACCUGGUCUUCAGCAUGAAAAUACAGCACCAGCAGACUAUUUCAGACUGUUGGUUGAACAGUUUGAGGUGCAGUUACAGCAAUAUCGACAACAAAUCGAGGAAUUAGAAAAUCAUCUAGCCAUUCAGGCUAACAGCUCUCAUAUGACUCCACAAGACUUGUCUCUUGCAAUGCAGAAAGUGUAUCAGACAUUUGUAGCCUUGGCUGCUCAGCUCCAGUCCAUACACGAAAGUGCAAAGAUUCUAAGAGAACAGUAUCUUGGCUAUCGGAAAAUCUUCCUUGGAGAUGCUACUGAUGUCUUUGAAGCACGGCGUGCUGAAACAAAGAAGUGGCAAAGUGCUCCACGGGUUACAACUGGACCAACCCCAUUCAGCAUACCAAAUGCAGCAGCAGUUGCCAUGGCUGCAACACUAACCCAGCAGCAACAGCCUGCUACAGGACCACAGACAACUCUGGGAGUUAAUUUUGGAGCACCAUUCGGCUCAGGUAUUGGCACAAGUUUGCAGUCAAGUGGCUUAGGUUCAUCAACCCUUGGAGGAAUUGGAAAUACUUGUGCCUUUGGAAGUAACCCUUCAGGCGCCGGCUCAUUUGGAUUCGGAUCAGCCUCAAAACCCUCGGGAAGCCUCAGUGCAGGCUUUGGCAGCUCAAGUACAUCUGGAUUUAACUUCAAUAAUCCCGGGAUCACAGCAACUGCUGGCCUGACCUUUGGUGUGUCCAAUCCUUCCUCGGGCUUUGGCAGUAAUCUAGGGGGACAACUUCUACAACUGAAGAAACCUCCAGCUGGAAACAAGCGAGGCAAAAGAUAGGGAAUGACAUCCAAGUAGGGAGGGGAGCCGAAGCUUUUCUUAAAUUGGGCAUGACUGAUGUUUAUAUGUCUGAAAUAUGUUUUUUAAUAGUUGCAGGUUUAAAAAAGAAUGACUUUGUAUUACAGUAGUUGGGCUUUAAUCAGAAUUCUUCAGUUUCCAGAAGAGUUCCAUUGUUGAUAGUUUUCACAAUUGAAGAUUAUAUUUUUGAAAGUAAAGCAAGAUGGAUUAUGUACCUAGAUAAUUUCGUAAGUACAAAAGAAUAUGCGGAUAGUGUCUGUUUUCUACUUGGAAUUAGUUAUACAGCUUAUUUAAUAGCAGCUGCUACACAAGUGGAUUUGAUACCUGGGCAUUGCAAAUAUUCACAUAACUGAAAAAUGGAAACUCGUUUGUACAAACUCAGUGACGUACAUAUUGUCUCAAUAUGCAAAUUCACAAUCAUAGUCUUUAAGCAUUGCACUUUUUUUAUACAACAGGUACUGCCCGAUAUUUGUUUUUGUAGUAAGAAAAGUUAAGAGUGUCAUACUUCUGGAUGAGUUGUCGGGUACUUUGGAUGAAAGCUUUAGUAGAGUUGACUUUAAGAUAUAGUUACUGUCUAUUUUUGUAAAAUUACUGAAUAACCGAAUACUGCUGUUGGAUACCUUUGUUAGCAAGAGAGGAAGUUGUGUUGGUUGAGCUAUUUGAACAUAAGAGUUGGAAUGUCAUUUAUGUCCUAAAUCCAUUGUAUGUAUGUUUUUGCAUGAAGAGCUGCUUUGUGCACUGUUAGUCUUUAAGUCAUUUUUAGUGACUUUUGGAAGAAAUGUUUUUCUUUGUGAGUUAAAAUUAUUUAUACAUUUAUUUCAAAAUUGUGUAGUGGUAUGUAAUUGGCGACAUGACAAAAUGUAUUUGAAGAUUAUUGUACUUUUUGGGUUAAAUGGACACUCUAAGCUGUAUUUGGAAACCAGUCAAAUAAAAUACCUUUCACAA